ACAAGGAAAUUAUUUGUUAAUCGCGCAGAGACUGACAGAUCCACAACGAUAUUUAAAAAUGAUUCUUGUCACGCCCGAGAAGUUCUCCUGUUCCCGUGAAAUUUUUCGAGGCGUCUCGGCCUUUCGACAUUUCCCAACGUGCAACGAUUCUUCUCAACCAGUCGAGCUUCUCUUGUCUGUCUCAGUCCGAGGCUGCCUGUCAUCGCGAAAUUCAUUGUGAAAUGUAUCACCGUUAAAUCAUGAUCACGUUAGGAACACGAAUCGACGGUGACCGUCGUCUUCUGCAGUUCGAUAGCUACGACGAGUACCUGGAUGCCCUAGUGAUACCCAAAGAUCUCUUCUAUCUAAGAAGCACGUCGGUGGCGCGUCAGGUCGCCGAAUUGGGUUACAGAUGCACCGGCGAGACACUCGAUAAACACUCCUUCAACGCACGGCUACGUGCUGUCAAGAAUUUACUCUUUCCCGUACAAAAGGCUUACGAACUUUCCUCGGAGCUUCUAACCCCAAGUGAUCCAUUCGAGCAGCAAUUAGCAUUUCGUGAAAGAUCCAACAGACUCGGUGUCCUAUCGACUAUUAUAUUCGUACGCAACUACACUAGAUUCCAUUUCGAGGUGUCUGGCUACAUAGACUUUAAGUCACGACUGGAAAACGAAGACUGGCGUCCAUUUUUUCAAGGAAGAAUUAAACUCUGGCCUCAGCCUACCGAUCUUGGAUAUUAUCACUGGAGAAUGGGCACCACCUUGCUCAACGAAUCUAAUAAUUACGUCCCGGUUAUAGAUCCGGAGCGUGGACUCCUCUUCAAGAAUAUUCACGACAGGAAACUUAUCUGGGUAGAUCCUGGAGCGCCGUCCCCUGGCGUAAAUACGACGCGCGUUCGUAUCCACAGCGACAAGUACGAGCAAAUAAUACUCUACGAUCAUAUAGUGCGCAGUAAAAUUUAGAAAAAUCGGAAACAGGAGAAUCCUCCGUGAAUAGUUCCCG